UUUGCAAUCGUAAACAAGCACCUAGAAAUGGCAUACUUGUUGACAUUCGGUAUCAUCGGCGCCUUGUUCCUGGCCAGUGUGAUGCUGUAUCGCUAUGGCAACAUACCACGUCAGCAUAUCCUUGUAACGCUAUCCGUGCUGACGGCCUGGUGUUUCUCAUUCCUGAUAGUGUUUACCAUACCGUUGGACGUAACCUCAACGUUAUAUCGGCAGUGUGAGGAGAAGCAUAAACCGGUUCCAGAAUCAGCAGUGGGAAACACCAUGGGCAAUGGCAACAUAACAACUACCACUAUCACAACAAACAAGUUGCAUCCCGAUGUUUGCCAAGAGCCCUGGGGCAUGGUACCAGCUUCAGUAUUUCCAAAUUUGUGGCGCAUCAUCUACUGGAGUUCGCAGUUCCUCACGUGGCUAAUCAUGCCGUUGAUGCAGUCGUAUCUGAAGGCGGGUGAUUUCACAAUCAAGGGCAAACUGAGGUCGGCAUUAAUCGAGAACGCAAUAUAUUACGGCUCCUAUUUGUUCAUAUGCGGCGUUUUGCUCAUUUACAUUGCCGUCAAAGGCGUAUCGCUGGAUUGGCAGAAAUUGAAGGCGAUCGCAUCAUCGGCAUCCAACACUUGGGGCCUGUUUCUACUUAUUCUGUUACUCGGCUAUGCUCUUGUAGAGGUGCCACGUUCGCUGUGGAACAAUGCGAAACCAGGAUUUACGCUGCAAUAUGCUUACUUUAAAGCUGCAAAGCUCAGUACGGAAAAGGCAGAGGCGGAGGAGCAUGUAGACGAUGUACUCGAAUCGCUGCAAUGCAUCAGUCGGGCUGUACCCAACAAUCACGAGUUACGUCCGUGCGUCGAGACAAUAUUGCGAAAAGUACCCAUUGAGCUGCAAGAACGAGCCAGUCGAAAUUUUGCGCGCAGCGGAGGAAACGGCAUGGGUGGAACCACCUCUACCAUCGUACCCUCAGAGAAGGCGCUGGUUCGUAUACACAAGCAGGUGAUCAAAUCAUUGCAAACCCUGCAGCGCACUGAGGCGCUUUGGAGCGUGCAGGUUAAUGCGGUUCUGCAUCUGGAGGAUGUGGCUCGGAAUAUACACUCGGCGGAACACCGCUUCAAAACAGAGUUUCCCCGCCAACGCUCGCAACUGGAAAGAAUCUGUUGCAGCGCCACGAUACAAUGGUACUGGGAGUGCCUAUUUAAGGCGCCGUUUCUCAAAGCGUUGUGCGUUUUAACGGCAACAAUGUCCGCAAUGGUCGUGUGGAGCGAGCUCACCUUCUUUAGUCGCCACCCAGUGCUCUCCAUUUUCGCGAAUGUCAUUAAUGUGGCCAACGCUAGCAAUGACUUCUUUACCAUUGAGUUAUUUUCUAUGGUGGUGCUGUGCUACUUCUUCUACUGCACCUACUCCACCAUUCUGCGCAUUCGGUUCCUGAAUCUGUAUUACUUGGCACCGCAUCAUCAGACCAACGAACACAGCUUGAUAUUCAGUGGAAUGCUGCUCUGCCGACUAACGCCGCCCAUGUGUCUUAACUUUUUGGGGCUCAUUCACAUGGAUUCGCACAUAAUACAGAAGCGUAUCAUGGAAACAUAUUACACACAAAUUAUGGGUCAUAUGGAUGUCAUUGGUAUAAUUUCGAAUGGCUUCAACAUUUAUUUUCCCAUGUGUAUGUUAGCAUUUUGCCUCUUCACCUGGUUCAGCUUGGGCAGUCGUGCGCUCAACGCAUUAGGCUUUCAGCAGUUCUUGCAGCAUGAAACUAUCGCCACGGAGCUAGUGCAAGAGGGCAAGGACUUAAUAGCUCGCGAGAAGCGACGCCGACAGCGGGCCGAGGAGGCAAUUGCCAGACGGCGUGACUUUUCGAGACCUGACACACUGUCUAGCCAUGAUUAUAUUGGCAAAUAUCGUGGCGCUGCCGGCUUAAGUAGUGGGGGCAUUGCUGGUCCAUUGACCAGCAGUCGUACGCCAGCUGAUGGUUUGCUACGAGAUGGUGACGUAAGUUAUGACUACGCUGCGGUAGCAUCCUCCUCGGCGCUGAAUGUACCACGCUCGCUGUCGGAAGAAAUCAAUGAUCGUUUCGGUGUCAGCACCCAAAUGCAGGUCGGUUUCCGUGGCGCUAUUGAGCAGGAAGAUGCAUACGACGAGGAGAACGAACAUCGCAUUGUUGGACCACCACCACGGGGUCUUUUUGAUGAUGUAUAAGCUCGAAAAUUGCAUUGUCUAUUUAUGUCUAUGUAUACCUUUAUAUAUAUUAUCUCAAAAGUU